CCUCAGCAGCGACGCCUUCCGAGCCGCCGCGCGCAUGGAGGCCCGGCGGAGCCAGCGAGCAUGCGCGGCCGGCCCGAGCAUGCUCAGUGCGGCCCGCGGCGCCCUGGAGCUGCCCCCGCCAGGCGCGAGCGACGCGGAGGUCUCCGCGGAGCCUGCCGGAGCGACAGGAAGUGAAGCGGCCCCGCCGGGCGACCGCGGCGGCAGAAAGCGAGGCGGAAGGGGCGCUGCGGCGGCGACGUCGCCCACCGGGGAGGCGGGGGUUGCUGAGCGCCCAGGCGACCUGUCCGCGCCGAAGCCGGACCCCGAGCCCGGCAGGAUGGACCAUCACCAGCCCGGGACUGGCCGCUACCAGGUGCUUCACAAUGAAGAGGACAAUUCAGAAUCACCUGCUGCAGAGCAGCCAUCCACUUCAAACUCAGCACCGCAGGUUGUGCAGACUGCUUCUUCAGCACCGGCACCUGAAACUGACACUUCUCCUCCACCUUAUAGCAGUAUUACCGCGGAAGUACCUACAACUUCUGAUACGGAAGUGUGUGGUGAGUUUUAUCCUGUGCCGCCUCCCUACAGCGUCGCUACCUCCCUUCCUACAUACGAUGAAGCUGAGAAGGCUAAAGCUGCUGCGAUGGCCGCUGCAGCAGCAGGAACAUCUCAAAGAAAUCAGGAGGAAGAGUGUCCACCCAGAGACGACUUCAGUGAUGCAGACCAGCUGAGAGUGGGCAACGAUGGCAUUUUCAUGCUGGCGUUUUUCAUGGCAUUUAUAUUCAACUGGCUUGGAUUUUGUUUAUCCUUCUGUAUCACCAAUACUAUAGCUGGAAGGUACGGUGCUAUCUGUGGAUUUGGCCUUUCAUUGAUCAAAUGGAUCCUUAUCGUGCGGUUUUCUGAUUAUUUCACUGGAUAUUUUAAUGGACAGUAUUGGCUUUGGUGGAUCUUUCUUGUACUUGGCCUUCUCCUUUUCUUCAGAGGCUUUGUUAAUUAUCUAAAAGUCAGAAACAUGUCUGAAAGUAUGGCGGCUGCUCAUAGAACAAGAUAUUUCUUCUUGUUGUAGAGAUUGCAUCAACCCAACAUUCCUUUCUUAUACCAGUGUGAAAUUUGUCAUCUGUAAAUCUCCAACUUUAAUGGGAUAGAAGACUACUAAUAGAAGAAAAAUUACUGAAGAAAAGAUGGAGCUUCAAAAUUAAAUGGCAGGGUGGUUAUGCUUAAAAGCCAUUUCUGUUUUUUCUUUAAUUAUUUAUAUGUUAUUUGGUUUGCACAUUUGCGUAUGUGCCCAUUUUAAAAAUUUGCAUAUACUUGAAGAAAUUGUAAAGUUGUAGGCGUAAAGUCCAGUAACAUUUGGCUAAUCAAUGUUUGAUAUAAUUGAGAGAAUUGAGUGGUAGAGUCUUCCAGCAUGUAUUUGCCAUUGACUUCUAACUUGACUGUAAGUAUAAUAAAAAUGAAGUUACUAAACAUAUCAAAUGCUUUAGUUUCUGACUCUUAGAUCCAUCUAGUAAUUCUACACAUGAAAUAUUCUUUGUUAUAUAAAAAUUCUAUUAAAACUGCAGUGCUGAUUAUUUGAAAGGAUUUGUCAGAUUUUUGAAUAUGAUACUAAUUAGGAAAACACUGUAAAUAAUAACCAUGCAUAAAUUACUUUUUACAUUGUUUUCUUAGAAAUUGUGUCAGGUUAUCUUUUCAUUAAUUUUAAAUUAAGUAAACUAAAUACCUAUAGAAAAUUUGAGUGUUAGAGUUUGCUUUAGGACAAAUUUUAAGAAAAUGUGGGUAUACCAGAUGUCCUUUAUAAGAAAAAAAAAUUUUUUUAAGGGACAUGCUACUUUUAGGGAUUUUCAAAUGAGACGCUUGAUGUUUAGGAUUACCCAUCACAGAGAUUCUUACAGAAAGAGAUUGUAUUAGAUAUUAUAUUUAUUUCAUUUAAGACAAUUUUAAAGUUAAUUUUCAAAAUAAGAUAUUCUCAUUUACAUUUGUCUCUUAAAAAGCCAAUGAAAUAUCUUUGUCACUGUAAUACUUUUUCUUUAGAUGUUUGUUAAGCUUAGCAAAUAAAAUCGUAUUCUAUUAAUAGCUCCUUGCUUUAUGGUUAUAGGGUUAAUUUAAAAAAUCAUAAUCUGAACUGAGAUAUGCAAAAUAACUAUUUUCAAGUUCUGAAAAAUGUGUGUGGAAUACAGGGGCCUGGGCUGUGCAUAUGUGUGUGGUGAGAGUGUAAUCAUUAUUACAACUGGAAUCUGCUUUGCAUUUGUAAGUACUGCAUUUUGCAUCUUGCAAAUCAUUUUUUAUCUCCUUUUCCCCAGUUAUAUCUUUGCUUUUGAAUGCCAGUAUUAAAAUGAUGGGGAUAACAUCUCUUAAACUUUAAAAUCACUUAAUACAGCGAUAUGGAACAUUUAAAAUCGAUUAUUAGACACUGACUACUGCUAAAAGUUACACCUAAGUAUAGAGGGACACUUUCAUUUCUGAAAAAAAUAAAAUUUAUUAUGCUUUAUAACGUCUUUUGUACUUCUUUGUAUUUUCUAAUUUUUUCAUUAUCUUUGAUAAAUAAAACGUAAGUUUUGUUUGCUAA